AUGUAGGUGACUGAUUUGAAAUGCUAGUGUCAAGGCGACGUUUGUGCUAUUUAGCGUUUUUGAGUGCCUAUCAUCAGGACAAUGGUGCUGGUUAGGAAAAUCAUCAAUACCAAUAAUGCCCCCAGACCUAUUGCACCAUACAAUCAAGCUGUUCUCGUAGAUUCCACCCUCUACGUAUCAGGAUGUAUAGGUUUAGACAAAGACACGAUGAAAAUGGUCGAUGGGGAUGUUUCAGCAGAAGCCAGACAAGCCCUGAGAAAUUUGGGACAAAUUUUACACGCCGCUGGAACUACAUACGAUAAAGUCGUCAAAGCUACAAUUUUUAUGAGCGAUAUGAACGAUUUUGCAGCCAUUAACGAAGUUUACAAAGAAUUUUUUGUUAAAGAUUACCCUGCCAGGUCUGCCAUCCAGGUUGCCAAAUUACCGGCAAAUGCCCGAGUGGAAAUUGAAGCUAUUGCUGCCAUAGGAGAACUAAAUACUGUAGAAUUUAAGCUCUAAAUAAUUGUUUUUGAGAUUCUUAAAUAAAUUUAUCUAGUCAGCGAGUGUAGAAGGAAUUUUUCUGAUUUUAAAAAUAUACAUUUUUACACAUGAAAGGAAAUAUGUAUUAGAAUACAUUUAAGAAAUCAAAAGAUUGUA